GAGGUCAGCGGGGCUGGAGGCAGAACAAGUCCACACAUGAUCCCCUCAUAUGAUUCUGAUUAGGGACCGGAAUAAAAAAAAAAAAAAAAACAUGGGGCGGGUGCAUCUCUGCUUUGACUCACAGCUCAGCUAGCCUAUGGCUGUUGAGCAGUAUUUCCCCAUGUGUUGAGUCAGAGGGCUGUGAGCUCAGUGUGAGGCUGUGAGUGGGCGGGGUGGGUAUAUGUGGUGCUUCAGAAGAUAGUAUCUGCUCAUACUUUGAGGAACGUGGUGAAAGCGGUUGUGUUACUGGAUAGUUCACUUAUUCACUCUUCAGGAUAUUUGGAUAUUGGGUUCUCCAUCAUCCAUUGACUGAAGAACGAGGUGGAAACUUCUGUUAUUCUGCUCAACUACAUCUAUACACCUUCUGAAGAGCUCAUAAAGGUUUUUGCCUCUGACUCUGAGUCUGUGAUUGGGUGGAAGAUGCUCGGCAGCGCCACACAAAGGCUGAUUCAUCAGAUCGAUCGGGACGGAUCUCUGAUCUCCGUUUCCCGACCGAACGACUCGGAGAAGCUGAAGCCGCUGGCCGUGGUGAUCAAGCGUCCGGCCGUGUGGUUCUGGCAAUCAACCAAAUACAGACCCACCACCUUCACCCUCAACGACCUUCUGCUGGGGGAUCCCAUCCAAACAGUGGUGGAGGAAACUGACUUACUGGGGUAUAAGGAGAAGCAUGUAUCUAAUGUUGGUGGAUCAGUGGAGGCGGGAGCGGUGGGGAUGAAGCUGAAAGCUGAAGGACACGGAGCGUCUAAGCUCUCAGCGUCUCUCGGGAUGAUUCGUAAAGACAUGGUGAAAAUGCAGAAACUCCUUCAGGACUCCAGAUACAGGAAGGUGGAUCUCCAGCACGGCCUGAUCCAGCAGACUCUGGGUAAAUCUCAGCAUUACUUCACUUUAGUGGUAGAACGGAUCUUCACUUCCUGUGAAUGCACCAUCGAGUAUAGCGGUAUGGAGGAGGGGAAGUGUGGCGGCGUGCUGAAGGCUCUAGGGAUCUACCCUGCAGAGUUGUGUCUGAGGGAGAGCGGCAAUCUGAAGUAUGAUACGAAUGUGGCUAUAGACUUACCUGCAGGCAGUGUUCUGGCCUACAGCGUCAUACAGCUGGACAUCAAAACUGACGGCCGUUAUGAACUCUCCGCCUGUUUCGAUGGGUUUCAGUCAGAUGAUGAAAGUUCUCAGCCUUCGCUUUAUGGUGAAGAAGAGGUGGUGGACGGAUUAUCAGUGGAGUGGCCAUGUUUACAGAAGGGUUCUUCACUGAGUGUACUGAAGGAAGUGCUCUGCGGUGUGAAGGCUAGUCUGAGUGUGUUGGCCCAGUUGCCGGUUCCGACCCGCUCGUCUCUUCUGCUCCUGUUCCGUCAGAUUCUGCUGAAACCGACUCUAAAGCUCCUCUACUGUUUGGAGUACAAGUUGGAGACAUUCUGCAGAAAUCCCAGCCUUCCUGUGGACGACGCUUCAGACAAGCUAGUAGAGGACUUUCUGGAUCUGAUAUGGCCUCACAGAACCAUUAUUAAGAGAACCUCUACAGAACCAGUCACUCAAAACGGAUCUUCAUCACCUUCACUGUCCAAUCAGAACGGAGUUCAUACACCAGCAACCAAUCAGAACGGGGCUCAUACAUCACAAGCCAAUCAGAACGGGGCUCAUAUACCAGCAGCCAAUCAGAACGGAGCUCAUACACCAGCAGCCAAUCAGAAUGGAGCUCACUACAAUGGGAUUUCAUCGCAGACAGUGUAUUUAAAUGGCUCCUCCUCUACAGCUGAGGCGGGUCGGCCGGUCCGGACUGCGCUGUACAUGCUGGUCAGCGCCGCUGAGGGACUGAAGGAUGAAGGACUCAUCUACCUAGAAAGCCUCUGCUCUCCAGAAGAACUCCGUGGAUUAAAUUAUUUGGUGAAUCUUCUGACGGACAGCGAGAAGCCCCUCCCUCGUGACAGUCUGCCAGAUGUACUGCAGAGCGACGCCCAGUUCCUGAAGGUGGAGGCUCUGUUCCGAUUGGGCGGAGUUACCCUGAGGAGGGAGGGGCAGCUGUGGGCGGAGGUGGAGUCAGGCACUGAAUUCCUCCCAGCAGUGCUGUGUGUAGUCAUUCAUGGCCUCGCCUACCUGAGCCAGGAUCUAUAAUAGAUAAUAUAUAUAUAUAUAUAUAUAUAUAUAUAUAUAUAGAUGUAUAUCAUUUUAUAUUAUAUAAUACAUUUAUUUAAUAUCUAUGUUUUAUGUAAUACUUUAUUAAGCAGUUAAAUUGCAUAAUAAUAUAUCUGGCGUGCUCUGAAGGAUGUGACCAUUUGAUAUGAUCCUUUAUUUGCUUGUCAAUAUUGAUAACAGCAUUGAUGUAUUAUUGAUAGAUGGAUGGAUUGGUUGGUUUGAUGGAUGCAUUGGUGGUUUGGUAUUGGUAUUGGUUGGUUGCAUGGAGGGAUGGUUUGAUGGAUGGAUGAAUGGCUGGAUGGAUGGUUUGAUAGGUCAUUGGAUGGAUAGUUUGGUAGAUGAUUAGAGAAAUAAAUGGGUGUUUCAUGGAUGGAUGGAUGGAUGGUUUGAUGAGCAGAUUAAUGGAUGGUUUGUUGGAUGGUUGAAUGGAUGGUAUGAUCGGUGAAUGGAUGGACGGAUGGAUGAUUUGAUGGAUGGCUGAACAGAUGGUUUGAUGAGUAGAUGGAUGGAUGGUUUGUUGGAUGGAUGAAUGGAUGGUUUGAUCGGUGAAUGGAUGGACGAAUGGAUGGUUUGCUGGAUGACUGAAUGGAUGGAUGGUUUGGUAGAUGAAUAGUUUAAUUCUUUAUUGAAUGGAUGGACAUGUUUUUUUAGACUUGGAUGGAUGGUUUGAUGGAUGAAUGGUUGGGUAGAUGAUUAGAUGGAUAAAUGGUUAGGUGGAUGAAUGGGUAGAUGAAUGGAUGGAAGAGUUGGCAGAUCAAUGAAGGGGUGGAUGGAUGGAUGGAUGGAUGGUUUGAUGGACGAUUUGAUUGUUGAAUGGAUGGAUGAUUUGCUAGAUGAAUGGUUUGAUUGUUUGUUGAAUGGAUGGAUGGAUAGUUGUUUAGAAUGGAUGGAUGGUUUGAUGGAUGGAUGGAUGGAUGAAUGAAUGGUUAAUGGGUGGAUGGAUGGAUGGAUAGUUAAAUGGAUGGAUGGUUUGAUGGAUGAAUUGGUGGAUGGAUAGAUGAGUUGGUAGAUGAAUGAUUUGAUUGUUGAAUGGUUGGAUGGAUGGAUGUUUAGAAUUGAUGGGUAGAUGGAUGGAUGGUUUAAUGGAUGGUUAGAUUGUUGAAGAAAAGUUAUGGAUGGAUGGAUGAAUGGAUGGAUGGAUGGAUGGAUAGUUGGAUGAAUGAAUGGUUUAAUAUAUAAUUGGGUGAAUGUUUGGUUAGAUGAUUGGAGAGAGGGAGUAAACAGGUACAACUGAUGUUGAAAUAGACAGUGAUAAAAAACUUCCCGGUUAUGUGUAUAUAGAAUGUAAAUAUUAUAUUUUAAUUUGAUUAAUCAAACAUUUAUCUGACUUUGUAUAUAUUUAUAAACAUUUAGUUUAAAGUGACAGACAUAUCUCAUUUCAAACGUAUUUUAUUACAGUUAGUUUUGACAUUUAAAAAAAGCCAGUUCUCAAACUACAACUACAUCAAAUCUACGUGACAGUAUUUAAUUCAUUGUAUCCAGAUGUUCUGAUUGGUUGUUUAUUGUAUGCAAAUGUGUGAAUGAUUAGCCACUGCCUUAUAUAUAUAUAUAUUUAUGUUUUGUGUUCUGUAUUGUAUAAUGAUAUGUAAUGUUAAUGAUGCUGUGCUGCUUUAAUAGUAAAUAGUAAUAUAGUAAAAUAUGUAUUAACUUAGCAUGUACUAUUGAAAAGCUAAUAUCAGAAAAUACAUUUAUUAAAUAUGUUUUUAAUAUAUAUGUAUAGUGCUUAUAAUGUUGAGAUGUUCUCAUACCCAGUCAGGAGUUGGUCUACUGCAACAGUCAUUGGUGUAGGACCUUCAUCUAUUGUUGAUAAAAGUUAAUCAGCUGUGUUUAUUCCUCUUGAUUAUGAAGUUUAUUUUAAAUUCUGUUACUUUUACUGUUCUUUCUUUUACAUAUGGAUUAAAAUAUUAAUAUUGUG